UUUUGGAUUCGGGCAGGAGAAGAUGGCGGCCUCCUCAGGAGUUAAAGUCCCUCGUAAUUUUCGUUUGUUGGAAGAGCUUGAGGAAGGACAGAAGGGUGUUGGAGAUGGGACGGUGAGCUGGGGUCUGGAGGAUGACGAGGACAUGACUCUCACACGGUGGACGGGCAUGAUCAUCGGACCUGCACGAACUAAUUAUGAAAACAGGAUAUACAGCCUGAAAGUGGAGUGCGGACCUAAAUAUCCUGAAGUACCACCGACUGUUAGAUUUGUAACAAAAAUUAGCAUGAAUGGGAUAAAUAAUUCCAAUGGGAUGGUGGAUGCACGUAGCAUACCAAUUCUAGCAAAAUGGCAAAACUCAUAUAGCAUUAAAGUCGUUCUUCAAGAGCUAAGGCGUCUUAUGAUGUCCAAAGAGAAUAUGAAGCUUCCUCAACCACCGGAAGGACAGACAUACAGCAAUUAAUUGUAAAUGAUUGUUAUGACCCUCUGUCUUAAACCUUACUCUCUUAGAAAUGUCUUGUACAUCAUCAGAAAAAAACAAAAAAACAAUUCUUGCUCACUCCACACUCAAAAAAUAGUCUCCUCUGCUGGAGCACGAUUGGACAUUUCUAAUAGUUUAGCUUGAGAAACAAAGAAAGGAAAACGCCUGUAUUGCGAGGCAACGUUCGUUUCUGUUUUAAUAUAUAUACAUAUAUUACCAGUUCACAAAUCUCUCUCUUCCAGUAACAUUUACAUCGACCAUGAGCUUUAUGUUGAUGAGAUGAAUCCUGCGGGGCAUAGAUGCAGAAUAAAAGGCAUGUUAGGGGAGGUUUAUACAGAUCUGUUCAUUUUAAGUUAAUAUAACAAGACACCAAAAUCUAAAAAUAAAUAAAAACAAUUAGGAUGCAUAUACAGCGGCAUGCUUGUCAUAAAAAAGGAGAAAAACAAUAGAGGCAUAAACAGCAGCUGAGUAAAUUGUAAGUUAACUGAACUUUUUUUGUGUGUGUGUGUGUGUGUGUGUGUGUGUGUGUGUGUGUGUGUAUAUGUGUGUGUUCGUCUGAACCCCUCACUGAUGACAAUGUUAAGGGUCCUAAAAGUGUGCCUGUAGUCUAUUAGUUGUAUCGCGAAAAGGGUUGGGAGCGAUUCUGAACUUUUCUGUUUCCUUUUUAUUGUCGUUUUGACUCAGUCACGGAAAUGAAUCUGUCGGGUGCGUUAAAAUGAGACUCUCCAACCCGCUGUCAGACUCAGUUUGUAAACGAGUCCAUCACAGAGAUGUUACUGUAUGAAAAAAAAAAAAAAAAACAGCAAACCCUUUCCAUUCAUGGACAGGAUGUGGAGUGUGUCGCUGUUUUGCAUCGCUUGAAUGACACAGCCUUAUUUUUACAGUCAUAGAUUUAUUUUCUACAUCAAUCUUUAGCAGCGAAUGCUCACUAUGAUCUCAUAUCACCGCAAUGUAACUGAACCUAAGUGUGUGUGUGUUGUGAUCCAUUGAAUUCGCUCCUCACAUAAGUUUAUACGAUGCGUUUGGAUGUUUUACACACUUCGUAAGGUGACGUACUGUGAAGAAUCAUUUACUGCAGUGAGUUUAAGGGUGUUUUCAUUAGGAAUCACUGAUUGUGUCAAUGGUAAGGAUUUGCUGUAAACUUGCCCUUGCUUAACCACAGUGCUUUACGGCCCCACCUGCAUCCGCGACGGCAUGCUGUUAUGUAGCUUUCAUUACCACACCAACUAGAACUUCAGUGAUUAUUAGCAAGCACUCUUAUAAUCCUUAGGUACUCUAACCACGUUAAUCAUUGAAUUAAAUAGUAAUUCCAGUGAAUGGUGGGGGUUUGUUGUGCUGUUUGCUUCAGUUGGCUAUGAUCUUUUUCUUCGAGUCUUCGUUAGCGAGAGCUAAUAGGCAAAUAUUGUGAAAAUUAAUAUAUGUAGUGGCAGUUUUCUUACGGUCUUGACAUUUUCAGAGCCACAAAUGAAUCAUCCUGUAAUGCAUCAAAGAAACUUUCUUUUUGUUUGUUUUUUUUAAUCCACCCUGUUCAUUUUUUCUUUUUUUUAAAAGACAUAUAAUCAAAUUAAGUUGAAUUUGUGACACCGGGGAUAUGUUCAGAAUAAUAAAACAAACAUUGUGGAACACA